UCGAUGACAAGCACCCACGCGAACCUCACGCGAUGUUUCAUUGUGCAGAGAUCUGUUGCUAUUGAGACGUUCCUGUAAAACCAGCAUGAACAAAACAAUUUUAACAAGAUGUGAGACUUCUCGUGCUGCGCUCUAUGUCACGUCCACGUUAUUUAUUCGCACGAAAAUAAUUUUUCGUAGCAAAAGGAAACAGGCCAUACUUCGCGGUGAGAGAGAAGGGAUUACUGCAGAACGAGACAUUAAUCGCAGGAUGCAAGAUAUGUAUUUAAACAUGUAAAAUAUUCCGUUAGUUUAUAUUUAUAACAUCACUCGGAGGAAGAAAUAUGUAUUACUAAGAUAUACUGUAUGGAGAGACAGCGGGAAACGUCAACAAACGAACAAUAUCGCAAUUCGAUUCUUUGUCGCGAGCCAAUGAUCCAGAACGAAGUACACUUUACAAGACGCUUCAAAGGAAACAACAUGGACAAAAGAAAUAACUUUAGUUUGUUUUGUGGACAAACUCGUAUUGUUCAAGACGGAUGUUGGGCUUGUGUUUCGUUGAUUUCUGCUGCUAUAGUACAGUUUAUUGUUAUGGGAAUCCACAAUUCAUUUGGAAACAUGUAUCUACAAAUCCUCAAAGAAUUUGAGUGGGAUGAAAGCACUUCAGCAUUUAUUGGUUCCUCUGCAAUUGGUUUAAAUUUCCUGAUCAGCCCUAUAGCAACUCAGUUAUGUGAAUCAUAUAAUCCACAGAUAGUGACUAUCCUUGGAGGAAUAAUAUCUAUUGUUGGAUUACUGGCGGCUUCCUUUGUUACAACGGAUUAUAGCAUGUUUUUGUCAUAUUCUGUGGUAUGGGGAACUGGUUCUAGUUUGUGUUAUGCUUCAACAUUUGUUAUAGUUGGAAAAUUGUUCCAUAAACAUUUAGCAUUUGCUAUGGGUUUUGUCACAGCAGGAAGUGGUGUUGGAGGGCUAGCAAUGUCACCUUCAAUUGAACGUAUGUUAGAAGCAUUUGGAUGGAAAAUGACCCUGCGUGGUUUAGCAAUAUUAGCAUCAUGUCUAAUCAUGGCAGCUCUAACCUACAGAGAACCCAUUGUUUCACAGGAGAAUACUUCAACAAAGAAGUCAUGGAGACAAUUAUUCGAUUGUUCACUGUGGUGUAUUCCAGCAUUUUCUAUGCUGACUAUAGCACUGACUAUUUUUAAUUUUGGGUAUUAUGUUCCAAUAAUUCAUGUGCAAAAAUAUGCAACGAACAGUGGAAUUUCUAAACUAGAUGCAGCAUGGCUGAUCAGUUUUAUGUCAGUGCCAUCAGUUGUUGCCCGAUUAGUAUUUGGAAAAUUAGCUGAUCACCCAAAAGUGAAUAAACUUCUGAUGUUUCAAAUUUGUCUUGGUAUAAUGGCAUUAUCUACGAUAGCUUGUCCGUUUGUUUCUUCAAGCUAUGCAGGCUUUGCUGUGUAUAUGGUAAUAUUUGGUAUAUGUGAAGGAUGCAUAGUAGGAACUGCUCCAACAUUGGUUGCCUAUAUUGUUGGCAGACAAAGAAUAUCUCCAGCUCUUGGUUUGUUAUUCUUUGCAUUUGCAGGACCAUUGACAGCUGGUGCAUCUUUUGCUGGGUGGUUGUAUAGAGAAACCAACGGAUAUGAAAAAGUCUUUUUUGUUGCUGGCGGAACCAUGGUUCUUUCCUUUCUUUUAUUGUGUCCGGUUCAUUUUCUUUCAAAAGCACCGACUGACAGUCGUCCAACAGAUAUUUAUCACGUCGAAAAUUGCGAGCAACCAGAACAGAACAUCGAAAUGACAAACAUUCCGGAUCACUCAACAGAGAAAAACGUUUUGCUUCCGGCUUUAAAUUGCAAUCUCGAUGGAAAUCUUGAAACAGAUCCUCCUCCUUUAAACAUUGAAAGUAAAGGUUCAAGUAGUACAAGUGAUCUUGACAAGAUUCUUUGAGAUUUUAUUUUUCUUACAACUUUAAGUUUUCUCUUUUAACUUACAAGAGAAAACCAAAAACCGGCAUAAUAUGUUUCUUAGUAAGUGUUUUUCGUAUAUUUUAUUAAAUUGUUGGCUGGAGGGUGGCCUUUUUGUAUAUUCUUACAGUACAUAAACUGAUAUAGCAUGUAGCUAAUGAUAGUCAUGGAAACCCUGUCAAACCACUGCCCUAUCCCUCAUUGACGUCAGUAAAAAGGGAAUUUUUAUAUAUAAUAUGUUAUUUAUAUUAUUGGCAAAUUAUAUGAAAACAA